GACAAUACUUACGCAACUGCAUUUUAGGCAACGUGACAGACAUAUGUAAUAGACAUGCACUGUCUUGUAUACUAAAUAUGGUACAAUUAGUUACAGUUGAAGUUCUAAUUUGAACAGCAUUUGUUGUAUAUUGUCUACGUGUAAAGACCAGAACCAAAGUGAAAACAUGACAGUCGUAGCUCGUCAACUAACAGCGCACCUCAGUAAUAAUACAGCAAUGCAUUCUUGAUGCACUGAAUGGAGUUUGAUAAACUAUUGAUAAGAGUGAGAUAAAAAGAUGAACUAUUAAUGCAAUCUAAAAAUACAACGAAUCACAUUUGAGGACCGGCUAUUGCGAAGCGCCUGCGCAACGCUCACUGGGAGAUAAAGAAAUUGAAGGGUAGCUUAAAGGGGAAAGAGAAUGGAGGAAGACGCCGCAGUCUGUAAAGCAAGGGGGUGGCGAUGAAGCCCCGGCGUCUUCCCUGUUCGAAAAUGCGAAAGAAGCGCCGCGGCGAUGCGUUAUCAAGACCAUUUUAACUGGCUUGAAAUGAGCAGCGGUGCGUCAGGUGCGGGAGGCGGGGCGGCGGGCGCUUUGCACGGCGCCCAGCUCUGCAGCGGGGGAGGAGGCUGCGGCGCCGUGCUCGGUUAUGACGGCGCCUUUGCUACGCUGGCGUCCGCCACUACAGCGGCUCCGGGGCUGCACGCCAAUGGAGCGGCUCGCAUGCGCGGCGACUGGCUCAACGCGUCCCACGCUGAAUCUGCUUCAUCGACCCGGGGAAACGACGGCAGGCUGGUGGACGAAGCGACCGACACCGGCAGCGGAUGGGACCCCGAGCGUCCGGGGAAAUACAGGAUAGAGGGAUCUGGUGCUGGCAACGGGGAAGGCGAUCGUCUGAAGAACGCCGGCGGCAUUAAUAUUGAUUACAGACCCAGCCGCUCCCAACUCGGGGGCGGGCGGAGAGCUUUUAUGGAUGCUGCCUUGCGGAGGGCUGGGUACACAAGAGGUGAGCUGCAGCUGGGUGAUCGGAGGAGCGGCGGGGAGCGUCUGUCCCCCGAGGACGAUCGGUCGGAUAAGCGCCGGGCGAGCAGUUUGAAGAGGGCGGCUAAGAGGGUGUGCUUGGGACGGGCAGAGGAUAGCGUACACUGCGGCACCGCGGGCUCUAAGGACGCCGGGGCCGCAUGGACCUGCGCUUCACUCACACUCACCCCCGGCGAUGACCGUGACAGCGAGCCCGUAGCAAAUCAGCGCCAGUCACAUGCGAGGCACGGAGGAGGCGGGCGUCCGCAUUUGUCCGGCCGCGUCCAGCUGGGUGACCCAGUAAAGAGGACUUUACUGUAUCGACCUGCUGCGACAGGGUCCGGCUCCGCUGAUGACAUUAGCGGGACAGAUGGGCGGACGGUCGGGACUGCCAAAGGCCGGGUGAGACUAUACACUAUGCCCUCCUUUGUUGCUGCCGCGGGUGCGAACGGCGUCACGCACUGGGCGCCUGGCGGCGUUCAUCAUGCACUCUCCUGGGUGCAUCACCCAGCAGGGGACCCGGAGCUGCAGGAUGCCGGUGUGCAAUGCAGACGUUUUGCUGGCGAAACGGGAUCAGGGAGACCUGUUCAAGGUGUAGCCCAGCAGGGCAUUCAUCUGCCAAGAGAACAAGCGUUAGUGGCGGACGAGGCGGCGUUACUGUGCAACGGUAAAUGCAAGAGGUCUGGCUGCGCAACUCCUACGGUGAUCGAGUGCGGACGGACCGCACGCUACAGGACGGUGGUGGAAGCGGGGGCCGGCGAAUCCCGACGCCGCCUUGCCCGACUGGAGGAGCGCACGGAGAGACUGCAGCGCCGUCUACGUGUGGUGCAGGUGAAGCAGGUGGAGAGGCACGUAGUGCAGCAGCUGCAGGGGCUGCUAGGGGUCGCCAGCCGGCAUGGGGAAUGGAGCUGGACGGGCUCGUCGCCAGCCGGCUCCGGCGAGCUGAGCAGAUUGGCCCGGAGCUGCAGCCAAGCGCUCCGCACAGCCGAGGGCGGCCUCGACUCCGACCACACGGCCAGCAGCUCCGGCGGGGAGAGCGAGGCAGAUGAGAGGCCAGAGCACUUGCAGGAUUCCCCCGAAUGGGGAUGGGUUCAGGAGAGGGCGUGGCUUGGCAGCCGGUGGGCGUGGCUACAGGCUCAGGUGUCGGAACUAGAGUACCGGAUUCGUGGCUUGUCGGACCUGUACGCCCACUUGAGGCAGGGCAAGGGUAGGGGAGUCCACCAGCCCACAGACUGCCUGCCUCCCGUGGAGGCCCCCCAAGCGGAAGCCCAGUCCCUCCUUCCUACAAGCAGUGGUCCCCACAGUGCUGCGGCAACAUGCCUGAACUCUGGGACAGAGGAGCCCGCUGCUCCCCAGCUGACGUCCGCAGCCCGGGUUCGAGCCUUACCCAGCCGGCGUCGCUGCCGGCUGGUCUUCCCAGGGAAUAUCUCUGCACUCACAGCCAAGGCGGUGAGUGUGCAGUGCUGGUGUGCUCCCCCCUUGGUCUGCAUUCUGUGCACCAGGGGCAUGACCCCCUCCCCCUUCAUGAAGGAUGCUCCCCCACGGGGCCGCGCCGCUCAGCUGGACCUCAGCCUGCACCCCGUCCUGUCUCUGCCCUCCGAUGUCCAUCUGGGCCUACAGUCUGCAGCUCUUCUGCGAUUUGUCAGAAACUCCCGUGGAGCCAUUCGGCCAAUCAGCAGGCGGCCUCCUCCUUCCCGGCUGGCCGGGCAGGGCAAGGGCUCCCAUAGGCUGAAUCACCCCAAGAGGAGGGCUCUGUGUCCCCAGCCACGUCCCCUGCUGCAUAGCACUGACGGUGCCAGCGACAGGACAGUGAGAGCCUUGGGCUGGUCCUCCCAUCGGGUGCCUCCCACAGACCUCCACUUCCAUCCCCCCACCCCUCCGGCCCCCGACACCCCUUCACAGCCCCUGCGCCGGCGGAGGGCAGAGAGCUCCUUCGACAUCGACAACCUGGUGAUGCCCCUGGGAUUGGCAGGCCUAGGGGGCGGAGUCAGGCUGCAGAGGCUGCAGUACAAGGAGAUCCUCACUCCCAGCUGGAGAGAUCUGGCUUCUCAGGGUUUGCUGUCGUCGUCGGCCGACUCCGGCCUCCACCCUGUGCCUCAUGACGCGGUCUGCGGGUCGACCUCCGUGACGGACCAGGAGCAGGAAGAGGAGGAGGACAUGUCUGAUGCGGCGUUCCGGAGCCGGCACGCUCAGUGGGAAUGUCGGGAGAAAGGACGCUGGGGUCGUGGGGCCCACCGCCGUCGCAGGGGCCGGUCUCUCUGUCGCCGAGGCGGGAAGCUGCCCCCCAUGACACAGCUUAGACUCGGUCACCCUCCUGAGUGGGGGUACCAGCGGUGGGAGCCCCCCAGAGGGGCACAGAAUAUCCCCAUUCUGAAGGAGGACGAGCGGGUGUGUGAUGCGCAGGCAGUGUCGCCAUGGGAACGCCGGUCAUUCCCUUUGUCGGAGUCGGAGCUGUGGCGGAUGCGGGAGGAAGAGGAGGACGCAGAGGAAGGGCCCUCCGAGGCCCUGGAGGACCUCGUCGCCGCCAGCGCUCGCAGUCACAGCACCGACUCGGGCAUCUCUGUGGGCAGCCUGGAGCUCUCGCCUGUUACCCCGUGGCCCCCUCACCCCCCCAGCAACUCAGGGUACCCCUCCCCUCUCCACUCCACACAAUGGUCAGGUAGAGGGAGGUAGCGACUGCGCCUGCCUGCUACUCAAAGCCCCCCCAUACACACAUACUUGAGGCUUUCAGCUCUAUGGUGCAAGCAGAUAAACAGGUGGUGUAAACAGGGACAAUCCUCAGCGCCCCCCCCCCCCUGCAGGAAGUGUGUCACAGGCUGGCAGGAAGUCUCCCUCUCAGGUGUGGAUGACUUCAUUUUCUUUCCUGUGGCUUUUGUUACUCCGAUUCUAAGCCUGUCUGUGAUGCAUUUGUUUCACUACAUUAGUGUUGCCUGACCCCUGUGCCACUGAACCUGAAGUCACCGUACAAUAAUGCAAUAUUUUGAAUUUGUGGAUUACUUUGCAUGGGAAAGUGUGACUGUGUUGUGAUUUGAUUUUUUUUGGGGAUUGUUCUGUGGGGUGACCUUUGACCCCGUGUAUGUGCAGAGAGGGUCAUUUGAAUAAACUCACAGAAAUUUGCUGGGGAAAAAUGCACUAUUAGAUAAAAAUAAAAGAAAUAUACAAUAAAAGGAUUUCACUGGAA